CUUUCAAAACCUUCGUCUCUGUUUGGGACCGGAGAAAAGGAAAGGAAAAGAAAGGGAAAAAUGGAGGAGAGAGCGAAAUGCUUGGCCUUGGUGGGAGCUGGAAUUCUUUUGGGCUCUGUUUCUACAGUCUUACUUCUUAAGCUUCUUCCAAGACAAGGCGCAAGGCAAUGCAUGGAAAAGUCGAUUAAAAUUAAUGGUCAAGGACUUAUAUCUGAAAAUGAUAAAAGCUACACGGUUGCUGAGAACCAGAACCAUGGGAUGGCUGAUUUAGACCUUCUAAAAGACGAGAUAGUUUCUGAACAAUUGACCAGGAACAUUCAAUUCUUUGGCCUUGAGUCUCAACAGAAAGUGACUGCAUCCUAUGUUCUGGUCAUUGGUCUUGGAGGGGUUGGCAGUCAUGCUGCAUCUAUGCUUUUAAGAUCAGGGGUUGGUAGGCUUCUCCUUGUGGACUUUGACCAGGUAUCACUUUCAUCACUUAACCGACACGCUGUUGCAACAAGAGCAGAUGUUGGCAUUCCAAAAGCCCAGUGCCUCAAAGAGCAUUUCCUGUCUAUCUUCCCAGAGUGCCAUAUAGAUGCAAGAGUGCUAUUAUAUGAUUCAUCUUCUGAAGAAGAAAUUCUUUCAGGCAACCCUGACUUUGUUUUGGACUGCAUUGACAACAUUGAUACCAAGGUGGCACUUCUUGCUGCAUGUGUACGUAGGGGUCUGAAGGUGCUAUCUGCUACAGGAGCUGGUGCACGAGCUGAUCCAACAAGAAUACGCAUUGCGGAUUUGAAAGAGUCAACAAAUGACCCACUAUCUCGAGCUGUGAGACACCGACUAAGGAAAGAUUAUGGCAUUGACGGUGGCAUUCCUGUUGUGUUUUCACUAGAGAAACCUAAGGCAAAACUGCUUCCAUUUAAGGGACCUGGUGGAGAAGAAGAAAAUCCCUCAGACUAUCAAAUAGUACCAGGGUUUAGGGUUCGCAUAAUACCUGUUCUGGGUACCAUCCCUGCAAUUUUCGGACAGGUUAUGGCCUCCUAUGUUGUGACACAACUAGCAGGGGUGCAAGUUCAAACAGAGCCUGUGGUAAAUUUGGACAUGGAUCAUUACAGGAUGCUUCAUCAACGCCUUAUUGAGCAUGAGGAGUCAUUGUAUGGCACAGCCAUGGAAGUCCAGGUAGAUGUUGAAGAAGUGAUGUACAUUGCAAAAGAGUUGUGGCAUGGACGAAGUGCGAGGGAGCAGUCUGCAAAAGAUGUCGGACGUGGAAUGUGGCGGUCUGUUAAUGAGUUAAUGCUUGUGAGGUGGGAUCGGGCAAAGCCAUCAUCUGUGUCAAACUUAAUACUGUUAAAGUUUAGAGAGGCAGAUGAGCACGAGCUGAGGACACUUGAUGAUAUCAAAGAAAAUGAACCAGAAUUUUUCUGGAGAGUAACAUCUGUACUGACGCGAGCUGAACUGGACUUUGGUCUGUUGUAACCAUGCUGGAACUUUUAUUUUUUGCCCUUUUAGUGUUUUUGGUGUGGAGGGCUCAAUCCUUCACCAAUUCACCCCACUUCACAGCAAUAUGUUAUAGCUUUAGGAACAUGUUGAAUAUGAAGUGAUUUUAGCGUAUAUUUUAAAGAGUGAUUCAAAUCCAAAUUUUUAGGAGGUCAAAAUAGAAA